AUGACGCGAAAGAUUGUCUUUGCCUCCGACCACAUGGCCUAUGAGGGUCGUGAGAAGAUCGCCGCGAUGAUUCGCGAGGCCGGCGCGGACUUCGAGCCGAUUUACCUCGGACCUUUCCAGGCCGGCGCAGUGGAUUACCCCGAUUACGCUGAGAAGGUCGCCUUGGCGGUGCGAAACGGCGAGGCGGAGCUUGGAAUUUUACUCUGCUGGACGGGCAUUGGAAUGAGUAUUGCAGCGAAUAAGAUAAACGGCAUCCGCGCCGCGCUUUGUCAUGAUCAAACCACUGCCCGACUGACGCGGGAGCAUAAUAACUCAAAUGUGUUGUGUAUUGGCUACGGCGUGGUCGGGGAGGUGGUGUUGCGGGAUAUUAUCACCACCUUCCUCCGAACUGAGUUUUCUGGGGCAGAGCGGCAUUGUAUUCGGCUGGAUAAGUUGAUGAAAUUUGAGACGAAAAGUUAUUAA